AUGGACACGUACAUUGAUGGCCGGUUUGAGCGCCUAGAAAAGGCCCUCGCGACUCUGAUUGACUCGGUCACCAAAUACCAUCCCUCAGCUGUUCAUGCGGAGGAGCUCAAGGCUGCAGACAAUGAGCUCUGCAGGGGGCUCGAGCAAGUUGAAAUACACCAAAACAACCACCUCAAGAUCCUGCAGCUUCGCCAGCUGUCCGCGUCUCUCGAUGCCCAGAUCCGCGAGACGCUCACCUGCCUCGCAACGACGCGCAAAGACAUUGUCAACACCCAAGUCACCACCUACCCUACCGAGCCAAACUUCCCCAUCGUCUACGAAGAGCUUCUCGGCCAUGCCCGCCGCAUUAGCAAGACCUCUAUGCCGCCCGCCGCUAUCCUGAAUGCCAUGGCUGCCAGUCAAGAGAGCCAAACGCCGCUUCCCGAUUCUCAGGUCCAAUCUGCCAUGACGCCCUCUGCGCAAACUCCAAAUCCUAUGCAGAGCCCUGCUCCCACAAACGGCACCAUCGAGCACUCCGCCCAGCAAGCGCAGGCCGCCUUACACACCACUCUCCCCGACACCAUGACGCAGUUCCUCAACCCUCUUUCGGGACAACUCUUCUUCCCCUGGCCGUUGGAAGACAAGAUUCGCUCUGGUGCGCUGGCAUCGAACCAGAUUCUUCUGGAGCAAGGCAUCGACCCCAGAGGCUACGAUCCCGUCGCGGAAGAAGAACGGAAACGCAAGGAAGAGGAGGAGCGCAAAGAAAAGGAAGAAAAGGAGAAGCAGGAGCGCGUGGAGCGCGAGAAGGAGGCGGAGCGCCAGCGCCAAGAGAGGCAGCGACAGAUUGAAAAGCAGCAGGCCGAAUGGCGGAGAGCAAGCAUGGCUGUCGGCGCCUCUGGGGAGGCAGCUGUUGCCGCUCCUCCGAGUGCAAAAGCGGAAAAGAAGCAGUUUCAGUUUACCAACCUGGAUGAUUUGGAUGAUGACGACGAUGAGGACUAG